UCCAGUGCAGCUCGACGUGGCUCCCCUGCAGUCCGCAUCAGCUCAAGUGUCUCAUCGCUUCCUCCCCGUCACCAUCAUGUGAAAAAAAAAAAAAAGGGUUUGCUCUUCGUCCCGGAUCCUCCCCUCCCGCUUCGCCCUUUUCCGUCAGCGCGGACGUGCUCGCCUGUCUCUCCAGGGGGGGUGUGGUGUCCCUGCCGCCGACUAACCCAGCCCGCAGGCUCGGCGUGAGGCUGAGCAGAGGAUGAGUGAGCAGGGGAAGAGCUCGGCAUCCGCCUCCGCCGCGGCCCCGCUGCCAGGCUCGGAUACUUACAAAGGUUGGCUUUUUAAAUGGACCAACUACCUGAAAGGGUACCAGCGGCGAUGGUUCGUCCUCAGCAACGGCCUACUGUCUUAUUACAGGACACAGGCGGAGAUGGCACACACAUGCCGUGGAACCAUCAACCUAGCCACUGCUCACAUCGACACAGAGGACGCCUGCAAUGUUGUACUGAGCAGCGGCGGCCGCACAUACCACCUGAAAGCUAGCACCGAAGUGGAGCGGCAGCGGUGGGUGACGGCGCUGGAGUUAGCCAAAGCUAAAGCCAUCCGUAUGACACCCAACCUGUCUGAUGAAUCGGAAGACGAGGUGCCGGCAUCUAAGUCCAACCGCAACGAGAUUCAGGGAACUUUAAAGAUUCUUGUGAGCAAGCUCGAUGACCUCAGCACUUGUAACGACCUGAUUGCCAAGCACGGGGCAGCCUUGCAACGCUCCCUCAGCGAACUUGAGGGCCUAAAAGUCCCUGUGGAGGGAGGGGAGAAGAUCAAGGCAGUCAACGAGAGAGCCACCCUUUUUCGCAUCACUUCCAAUGCUAUGAUCAAUGCCUGUCGAAAUUUCUUAGAGCUGGCUGAAAGUCAUAGUAAGAAGUGGCAGCGGGCGCUGCAAUAUGAGCGAGAGCAGCGCACCCACCUGGAGGAGACUAUUGAGCAGCUAGCCAAGCAGCACAACAGUCUGGAGCGAGCGUGGAGAGAGGCACCUGCACUUGCAUCCAGCACAACACGGGCCCCUACCAACAAAAAAGGGAGUGAGAGGCCGCUUAAGGAUGAUGCAAGUGAUGAAGAUGAGGAAUACUUUGACGCCAUGGAGGAUUCCCCUGCAUUUAUCACAGUGACCACACAGCGCAGGCAAUCUCAGAGCAGUUUAAGCGGAGCAAGCGGAGGGAAUGCCUAUGACUGGAACCAGCAUGACCAUAUGUCCCCAAGCUGUAACGAUGUGUCAGGGAAGGAGCUGCAGCCGCGCCGACAGCGGCGGACUCGUGUCCCUGACAAGCCUAAUUACUCCCUCAAUUUGUGGAGUAUCAUGAAGAACUGCAUUGGAAAGGAGCUUUCCAAAAUCCCCAUGCCUGUGAACUUCAAUGAGCCUCUGUCGAUGCUGCAACGUCUCACAGAAGACUUGGAGUAUCACGAGCUUUUGGAUAAGGCGGCACGCUGUGAAUCCUCGCUGGAGCAGAUGUGUCUGGUUGCUGCCUUUUCCGUCUCUUCCUACUCCACUACUGUCCACCGGACAGCCAAACCGUUCAACCCACUACUGGGUGAGACCUACGAGCUUGAUCGCCUCGAAGAGUUUGGCUACCACUCACUGUGUGAGCAGGUGAGCCAUCACCCCCCUGCAGCAGCACAUCAUGUGAUUUCCCAACGAGGCUGGACCUUAUGGCAGGAAAUUACGAUUGCCAGCAAGUUUCGUGGCAAAUACCUCUCCAUAAUGCCAUUAGGUUCCAUUCACCUGAAGUUCCACUCAAGUGGCAACCACUAUGUGUGGAGAAAAGUCACGUCCACUGUGCACAACAUCAUUGUGGGCAAGCUGUGGAUUGACCAGUCAGGGGACAUUGAGAUUGUGAAUCACAAGACCAAAGAGACCUGCACACUCAAAUUCUCCCCCUACAGUUAUUUCUCCAGGGAUGUUCCUCGGAAGGUCACAGGUGUGGUGACUGAUAGUGGUGACAAGGCUCAUUACAUUCUGUCGGGUACGUGGGAUGAGAAAAUUGAGAGUGCCAAGAUCAUUCAGAGCAGCCGAGGUGGCAGCGGAUCAGAGGGCAAGCAGAAAACCAUCUAUCAGACCUUGUCCCCCAAACUACUAUGGAAGAAGUAUCCUCUACCGGAGAAUGCGGAGAACAUGUACCACUUCUCAGCGCUGGCACUGACUCUGAACGAGCCGGACGAUGCAGUGGGUCUGACCGACAGCCGUCUGAGACCAGACCAGAGGCUAAUGGAAGAGGGACGGUGGGAUGAAGCAAACUCUGAAAAACAAAGAUUAGAAGAGAAACAAAGAGCUGUGAGAAGAAAGAGAGAAGCGGAUGCCUCAGAUGCUCUGGAUGAAGAAUGUGAUAAUGACUCUGGUCGAGAAUAUGAAAGCUACCAUCCACUGUGGUUUCACCAGAGGAGAGACUCCAUCACUGGAGAGACACACUUUGCAUACAAAGGGGGUUACUGGGAGGCUAAGGAGAGACAGGACUGGACCGUUUGUCCUGAUAUAUUCUAACACUGGACACUUCCCCGCAGCAAGACUACAGGAAACUAAGGAGCUGCUCCACAUGUGCUCCUUCACUAGUGAGGUGUAGCACGCUCGGUAGAGCUUUGUGAAUGUGACACACUUGUCAUUCUUUGUACCUCCAAAUGUUCCCUCUCACUGCUUUACAGAUGGAGAAUAUGAUGGAAUGUCCCCAGUCCCACUAUGUGUGUGAUGCUCUCAGAGGUGUAAUGCCACACUAUAAAGGCACCAAAUGAGCUGCUAUGUCAAUACACUUUCCUAUGUCGCAACCCAGCAGUUUUAACCAUUCAACCAUACUGAAGCAGGCUAUGUAAAAAGACCACCGUGCUGAAAACACAUUAGUCUUCAAAUGAGUCCUCAGGUUAUUGCGAGCCUCUUUUAUAAAGCCUAAAUUUGUCUUCAGGCACAAUUUUAACUUCUAAUGAUUCACACAUUUAGUUGCAUUAAAAUAUGGUUGAUAUUCUUCAGUCAACACGACACAAAUUAUUAAUAUUCAGAUUUAGGAACUUGAGUUAUAUUUUCAAAGCCUCAGAUAAAGGGGGUUGUUAUUAAUUAUGGAUUCAUCAUGCCACCAUUCAUCAACAACCUGGCAGCCACUUAGUUUUAAUGAUAAAUGAUUAAAAAUGCUAGUGAAGGAAGGAAUAUAAAAUGCACAACUCUGGUCAAUGUGCCAAAUAAUAAACAGAAAAACAAGACCAUUUACCUUAUUUGGCGCUACAAGAUAAAAAAAAUAUACCACACUUUGAGACUUUUCCGUUUUCUUUCCGUUAUUCAACCUUUAGCUUAUCAUUUAGCUGAAUUUAAUGCAAAUAGUUCCUGCUUUUUUGUUAAUAUACUGUUUAGCCCAUUCAUUUAUGAAAAAAAUAUGGCCUAACCUGCCUUCCAAAUUCUAACCAAACUGGCAAACUAUAUGCGUGCAGGCAAUGAUAAAUGUGUCAUGUUUCUGGAAAGUAAGUGUGAAUGUAAUGUAGUGCUCUUAGUUUAAACUUCUUUCAAAUACUUGUGCGUUAAAUCAACGUCUCCCGUUGAAAUUAAUUGAAAUCAAUUUAAUUGGUGCUUGGCUCCGCCCAAAACAGGCACAAUUUUAAUAUGUAACAUGAUUUUUUAAAAGAAAAACAAACUUUUAGAUGAGGACAUUUGUAUAAAAACAAUACAAUAGAAUAUCAAUAUACUACUACCAACUACUGUAAUUUUAUGAAGUAAUGUAAUAAUAAUGUACAGCAUUUGGAGAGUGAACUUCCUUGGUAUCUCCUUCCAGUUGCUUCUCCGUUAAACACACCAUCAGCAACUUUUCGUAUUUUCAUGAUAAAUGUCCGUUGUUUAGAUAAUAUUUUAGCAUUCUGGGCUAACAUUCUGCUUCAGUAUGGUGUAGACUAGCAGUGAUACGCUCGAAUUCCUUUGCCAAUUUGGCGACACGCUCGGUCAUAUCGGGAUUUUUUUCUUUAAAAUUCAAUAAAUAUCAUACCUUUCUUCACAGUCACUUUGUUCCUUCCCAUGUCUAAAAACAUGUUUUGUCCAUCUCUAGCUAUCAGCUAAUGCUAGCGAGUAAGACUGGAUGUUUUUGGGCGGGUCUUUUGGGGUUCACUGUGAUAUUUGCCACGCCAACUAAUGGCGAGGAUGUAACUCAAAUUUGUGCUUGCAACUUAAAGCGUAACACUCUUAAGUUGAGGUGUAACUGUAAAUGUCUGAGCUGACUGUUUUCAAUGAUGUGUAGUACUUCGCACCUGCUCCUCAGCCUCUCUCUGUUUCUAGUUAAUAGUUCAGGUGUUUCCAGUGGCACUGUGUGAGACUGGAGUCUCGGUUGACAGGUUCCAGGUGAAACGGCGGAUAGGGCUGGUCCCUGUGGCGCACCACUGAACAGAGCCCUUCGCUCCAGGCUCACCACAGUGCUCACGUGGUCUGCAGUGUUUGUACAAUGAUUUGGGAUCAGGUACCUUCUUCCGUCUUUUUGCCUUUAAUUGACUGGUCUGUGUGCACUACAUUGACAAGCUUUGAGAAAACAGUCAAUAGUAUUUUUCUGUUUUCAUUUUGUAGGAAUGUAGAAAUCAAGGCUGGAGGGUACUGUAUGUUCCGUCUGGUCUUGUUUGUGUGAAUAUUUUGUGAUAAGAGAAAUUUACUGUAAAAAUACGAUAAUUAAGUCUGUACAGCAUAGUUGAAACAUGGUCACAAAUUAACUGAUUUGGCCAUUCAUGUUUUAUAGUUCUAAAUAGUUUUAACAGAGAAAAAUAGUGUUUUCUAAAACCCUUGAUGCAGGCACAGAGGCUUGUUCUACUGGUUUAGAGACAAAAAAUACACUGGCUAAGAAAAAUCAUACACAAUUCCACUCUGCUAGGUAUGCGUCUAAUCUAAUCUGUUUUCAGCAGUGGCAAUUGUCAAUUAGUCAACUAUGUAUUAAUUAUUUGCACAACAGAUACACCUCCUCUCCAUUUCUAUACAGUCGUCCCUCGCCACAUAUUGCAGCUUCACCACAUCACAGAUAUUUUUUUAAUUUUUCCUAACGAUAUGCUACGACAUUUUGGUCUUAAUUAAGCAUUUUCAAGCAUAGAAAUGGCUAAACAAACUACAAACUAUCAAUACUACAGUAGUAUUGGCCACUAGAAGAGCUCAAACCAAUAAAGGUGGGCUGUUCAGUAUCAUGGUCUUUGAUUGGCCCAGCCUCAGGCAGCAUUACUAUAUUGGAUUAAAACAAUGUAAAGGUGAUUAAAGGGUGUUAUUCUGUGUCUAGAGGACUGUCAUAAUGUAAAAAAAAUGUAUUUAGAAGGUCAACAUUUUUUAUAUGGCUAUGAAAAUAUUUGAUUUAUAAUUAAUGAAUCCUACUUCGCGGAGAUUCAUUUAUCGCGACACAAUUAGCAGCGAUAAACGAGGGAUGGCUGUAAUCAAUCAAAACAACCAUCAUCCAGUUCAGCAUUCACAUACAUAUAUGUCGUUUUGGGCAGUACACGUUUACCCACAUUUACAGAGAAAAUGGUAAAACUUGUCAAGCAAUUAUUACGAAAGUUGUUUGAUGUCAAUGUUUGAUGAACAAAACAAAUAAACAAAGUGAGGCAAUAGUUGAUAUUGCCUCAAUGGAUCAAGCUAUUUUUCACUUGUUGACUUGAAUGAAUUGAACUUUUCCAAGUCUUUAUGCUGCGCUAACAUUUCUGACUGUAGCUUUAAAUGUAACUUUAAAAGAGACCUUUUAAUUAUUACUGUAUAUUUCUGCUGCUUGUUUGUUUGUAUCACUCAUGUCCACAUAGUCCAAUAAGGCCUUUAGUCAUUUCAUGGCUUCAAAGGGUCACUAUGGUUGCAGCAAGAACCGUUAUUUUGAAGCGUUCUUCAAUUAUGAAUGAUUUUUGAACGAGCUGAUCAUAUCCAUGUAGUCGAUUGAUUAACAAAAAAGAAUGUUGGUGUCGUUUCCUGUACAGUAUCACAUAGCUGUAGCAAUAACACAUUUAGAAGUGGAGAUGCCGCUCAGUGUUCAGGCUUGUGCAGAAAGGGAAAAGCAACCAAAGUGUGCGUACAGUAUAUGUGAAUAAUGUUCUGUACAUUACCUUUUCAUCAUGGCUUCCGGUUUUUAGAAGGUUUCUGCACACUUCUCACCUGACUUGCAGUGUGGUUUCAGCUUUAUUUUUUAUGCUCUUAUUUUCUACCUUCUCAUGGGUGCCAUUAUUCUAAUGAUUGCUUAUUUAUAUAUGAUGUGAUCCAGUUGAAUGCGCACAUUCUUAGUUCAGAGGCAGCAGUAAAGCGUGUGAAAGAAGAGUUUUCUUGCCUUGUCUGAACUGAAUCCUGCUGGGACUGUGACUCAUACUUUAGUUAUAAGGUAUAGGUCUGCUUUUUACUGUUCUGUAGAGGGAUGAAAGUUAACAAUUCUAAACAGCAGCCUGCUGCAAAAAGUCAAAGGUUAUUGAUGCCUUGACUAUUAUACACAUAAUAGUGUAUCCACUUGUAAAUCACCAUGUUAAAGGCUGUUCUUUUUUCAUGAAUUGUGUAUUUUUUAUUUACCCCAUUUCAAUCCAUAACAUUGUCUUAUAACAACCAAGACACAACAAUUGAAAUUAAAAUAAAGAUGUUGAC